AUUUGUUGUCAGUACGGGGUGCUCGAGCUGCAUCAUUGUUCCAGACUGAAGCUGCUGUCAGUCAACCUUUGGUUCAACGUCAGGGGGGUGGGCCCCUGGCCAGACGGCCCGUCCAAUGACUGAGCUCCCGUCUCCCGCUGACAGCCCGGCGGCAAUUGGCCGUCUAGCUGCCGCCAUUUUUCAAGGUGAGCGCGCAGCAAGCAAUGCGCCCGUGUCAACGACGUCACGACGCCCUACUGUGAGUAGACAGGGCUGAUUCGAACUGAAACAUCGUCCUGUGGUUUGAUAUUUUUACCUUACUUAUUGGAUCGUGCGUGCCACACACCACCAAGACCACAACCAUGGCGAAGAAACCAACAAACUGGGGGAUGUGGGCAAAAAUGGUCCUGGGCGGCGGCGCAAUCAUCGUGGGCGGGCCAGCGCUCACGUACUGGGUCUCCCCGACAGAGGAGGAGCUGUUCAAGAAGUACAACCCGGACCUGCAGAAGAAGAGCCUCGCAAAUAGGGCAGAGCGACAGAAGGAAUUCGAUGACUUUGUGGGCAAGCUGAAGGAGUACUCCAAGAGCGACAAGCCGAUUUGGGUCGUGCAGGCCGAGGCAGCAGAGCAAGAAAAGAAAAUGCGGCGGCUGCAGGCGAACAAGUCUGCCGAGGAGGAGAGGUUGAGGCGGGAGGCACUGAGGAAGGAAGCUGGUCUGCCGGUGGAGAAAUGAAGCGUCUUUGUAUGAUUGUAUUAUUAUGGCAUCAAUUGGCAUCUGGCGGAUCUCACACGGCGUCAGGGAGCAUUGGGAUCGGGUCAUGAGCACUUGAGUACAGGAAAAGGUGGCACGGCUAUGUUUGGCUCUUGCAGCCUAUCCUUACGGAACCGCCGGUCUUGGUCGGCCCCGUGUUUUCUUCUAUUCCGGAUGGGCAGGACUAUGGUGAUACUGGCGUGGAAGUGUCACAUACCUACGUAUUCUAAGUCGUAUAUGGCCCAUUGAGGCCGAUGGCAGAGGUCGGUCUGUGAGGGAGCGCCCUCUGGUUGUAAGGCUCAGGUAUGAGAAGGUACCUAAGUAUAUUUCAGAUGCCGCCUGAGCCAUCAUCCUCGUCGCUCAUCCUGGGCAGAUGGAAAGCUUUUGAUAGAUCCCACACCACCGUCCUCACAUAUAUAAUCAGACCAAUGAAUAUUUAUCUACAGA